AUGGAUUUAGUACAACAGAUAAACAAUUGUGAAGACAAUGCAGAGCUAGAUGAGCUAAAAAAGCAAGUCAGCGUUCUCAAUCAAGCCACAUAUGGGGAACUACCGUCUUUCGAGCGCAAAAAGCUAUAUAGUAGCAUCCAAGAGGCAAACAAGGCUAUAGAAGCAGCAGACAACCGGAUUAAUGUGGACUACUUUCGCUUUGAGGGUGAACCACAGCCACCACUGAUCCUCAAACAGCAGGAAGUGAAGAAAAGCUCGAACCUAAAUGUUGUGCUGAAGCAAGUUUCCCAGAUUAAGAAUCAAACGCUUGACUUGGACGAACUUCUAGGCGCAGGUCACGCUAACAUUAAUACGAUUGAGUCUUCUAAGAUAAGCAACAAAAAGAUCUGGCCAGGCUCCGUACGUCUUGAAAAUGCCAGAGAUUCAACCAUCACCCUUAAUACUACGGGCCUCUUAUGGCUCGUAACAUGA